AUGAUGUGCAACGCAAAGUUCGUGGCCACCUUUGCCGGCCUGCUGGCCUCAGCGAGCGCAGGUCCCAGCGUGCAACUUGAGAGCGGCCUCACGGUUCAGGGCCGGAUCGCCCCCGAUGCCUCCAACGUCGCCGAAUUCCUUGGCAUCCCCUAUGCCGCACCGCCUCUCGACGAUUUGCGCUGGGAACCCCCUCAGCCCUACUACAUCUCGAUCCACCCGGCCAUCCAGCGCGUGGAUGUGCCCGAGUUCAUGAUUGGCGAUGCUGGUAUGGACGAGGACUGCCUCACGGCUAGCGUGUGGGCCCCUGCCGGCGCCGUUCCCGUCACCGGCGAGCAGCAAGCUUCCGGAGAGGGACUCCCAGUCACCAUCUGGUUCUACGGUGGCGGCUUCGAGACCGGCGGCACCGAUGUACCCUACCAGAUGCCCCAGAACUGGAUUCAGCGCUCUCAGUCGCACAUUUUUGUCACCUUCAACUACCGCAUGAAGCUCUUUGGUUUCCCCAACUCGGCCGCUCUCAAGGAGUGA